AUGACUAUGCUAUCACGCGUGUCGAAGUCCAAAACAGUUCGAGAACCUCCAAAACCGUCAACCUCAACAAAUCCAUCGAAGAGGCAUCGAGAGCGGCUAAAUGGAGAACUGGAAACAGUGGCCGCUCUGCUACCGUACGAUGCAGCCACCAUCAGCCGGCUGGACAAGCUGAGCGUUUUACGAUUGGCUGUCAGCUACCUGCAAGUCAAAGCGCAUUUUCAUGCCGUUUUGAAAAUUGAUGUGAGGCGAAAAAUAUAA